UGCUUAUAGCCGGAGGCCAUGAAGAGGUCAAUAAAGACUGGACUUCAAGAUCACCCACCCAGACCCAAGGCUUCCUCUUUAUCAUCCAGCCAUGAAGCUCCUCUUUCCUCUCUUUGCCAGCUUUAUGCUACAGAACCAGAAUUUCUUAUCCAGAGAAGAUGCUUACUGGGUUUUGGAAAAUGCAAGGGCAGUUGCAAUGCAAAUGAAAAGGAGAUACAGAAAUGCAAGAAGGAAAUAUGUUGUCUUGGGCCAAAAGUGGUUCAACUGAUAAAAAGCUACUUGCGACAUGAAAUACCCAACGUCCUUGGUGAAGACACGCCAGAAAUGCUAAAAAUGGCCAAGAACUCUAGUCCCAUGAUGCAAUCAAAACAUAUGUUGUCUGUUCUCUCCAAGAACAAAAUCAGCCCUUUUGACAACACCAACUCUGCUAUACCAAAUGUCACUCCUAUCAACUCUACCAUCACCAGUGCCAUGACUCCAAGACAUAUCAGAUAUGCUGCUACUUCUACCAAGAGUGACAUCAAGAAAAGCAGAGAUUCUGCCAUUGCAUCCCCACCACCACAAUCACCACGACCAUAGAUGCUGCCAACACCGCUGCUGGAGCUAAGGAAGCAGAUGAGCAGUGAUGCGGGUCUCUCCCCUGAGACACCAACUUCCUCUCUAUUUCAAUUAACUAAAAUGAAACAUAGAACCGUUUCUUUUGUUAUCAGUGAUUCAAUAAAUACUGUUUAAC